AUGACAGCAAACAGACAUGGGAACCUCUCAGCUGAGCCCUUCUGGGAGUUUGUGCUGGAGGGAUUCAGGGGAGGUGUGGAGACCCAGGCCCUGCUCUUUGCUCUGUUCCUGGCCCUGUACAUGGGGAGCAUGUUUGGCAACCUCACCAUGAUCACAGUCAUCACCCUGGAUGCCCGCCUGCACUCGCCCAUGUACUUCUUCCUCAAGAACCUGUCCUUCCUGGACCUCUGCUACUCAUCUGUCAUCGCCCCCAAUGCCCUGGCCAACUUCCUUUCCUCUGCCAAGGUCAUCAGCUUUAGAGCCUGUGCAACCCAGCUGUUUUUCUUCUCUCUUCUUGGUACCACAGAGGCUUUACUUCUGGCUGUGAUGGCCUAUGACCGCUUCAUGGCCAUCUGCAAUCCCCUGCGUUACCCAGUGACCAUGUGCUACAUGGUCUGUACUUGCCUGGUGCUGGGCUCCUACUGCGGAGGCUGCCUCAACUCCAUCGUGCAGACCAGCCUCACCUUCCAGCUCCCCUUCUGUAGCUCCAACCGCAUCAACCACUUCUUCUGCGAUGUGCUCCCGUUGCUCAGGCUCGCCUGUGCUGACACAGCUCUCAAUGAGCUGGUCAUGUUCAGCAUCUGCGGCUUCAUCCUUCUGGGAGCAACAACUGGGAUCCUGACUUCCUAUGGCUACAUCACAGUGACCGUCCUCAAGAUGCCCUCUGGAUCCAGGAGACACAAGGUCUUCUCCACCUGUGGCUCCCACCUGAUGGCCGUGUGCUUGUUUUAUGGAACGGGGUUUGUUGUAUAUGGGCAGCCAGGAGCCAUGGAGUCCACAGAGCAGGGCAAGGUGGUCUCCAUCUUCUACACCCUGGUCAUCCCAAUGCUCAACCCCCUCAUCUACAGUCUGCGGAACAAGGACGUGAAGGAUGCCCUGAGGAGACUGGGACAGAGGCGGGUGACCCUGUGA